CGUUCUUCCCUGUCAAAGACACACAAAUGAGUCUCCUCCCUCCAUCUCACUCGCUACCUACACCCAACGCGCCACCGCUGCCGGUAUUCCUCCCCAGUGAACUGAUUGCAGAAGUGCUAUCAUGGUUUACCGUAAAGCCACUGAUGCGGCUGAUGUGUGUGUCUAAGUCAUGGAAAUCUCUCAUCUCCGAUCCCACCUUCGUCAAAUUACACCUUCAUCGAUCUUCACAAAAUGCAGAUUUCACGUUUGCAUAUACUGAUGGUUUAUAUAACUCAGGUUGCAGGUCUGUAUCAUUUACUCUUAUUCGUCCAUUCGAAAACUCUCCGAUCAUUAUCAAUCUUCCUAAGGAUCCUUAUCAUCAAUUGAAUGACAAGGACAUUCGUUAUGUUGUUGGUUCCUGCAAUGGAUUGUUAUGUUUGUUAGGCUCUUCUCGCGUCAAUGCCAAAACUGAGAAGUGGUUUCGCUUCUGGAACCCGGCCACGAGGACAAUGUCACCUAGAUUAGGUUCUUCUUGCGAUAACGAUCCUGGUAUUCCUUUUGAUUAUACUUUUGGUUGUGAUAAAUCAAACAACACAUAUAAAGUGGUAGCGAUAAUGAGAAAAACAGUAAGAAUUUUCAGCUUGCAAGAUAAUGUUUGGAGAAAUAUUCAAGAUCCUCCGGAGCAUAGUUAUUGCUUGAUGAAGGCUGUGUAUCUGCGUGGUAGUGUUAAUUGGUUGAUAAUUCAAAAUCACUAUCGUCCUACUCAAAAGUAUACCACUACCAACAAACCAUUCGCGAUUAUUUCACUUGAUUUGGGUACUGAGACGCAUACUCAAUUGUCGCCUCCUCAGGGUGUUCAAAAAAUUCCAAUUGAUGUACCAAAUUUAAGUAUUGUAAAUGAUUGUCUUUGUUUUUCGCAUGAUUUUGAAAAGACCCAUUUGAUUAUAUGGCUAAUGAAGGAAUUUGGGAUGGAAGACUCUUGGAUUCAAUUCCUUAAAAUUAGUUAUCAUGAUCUUCAAUUAGAACAUCCACGUGCUGAUUUGUUCCCAUUAUGUCAUUUGGAGAAAAAUGAUACACUAGUAUUGACAAACCAAAGUAAAAGAGGAAUAUUUAUCUAUAACCGGAGAGAUAAUAGACUAAUGAAAAUCUCUAACCCUCUUUGGUACACUUGCGCCAAUUAUGUUGAAAGCUUGGUAUCUUAUUGUUGAAAGUAAGUUCUUCUACCGCAAUUUACUUGUUUCAAGUUCACUUACUUCUGUUAAUAUUUUCUCAUGAAGGGUUUGACAACUUUUGAAUCUUUUGACAGUUUUUCUCAUGAAGGGUUCAAUGACUUCUUGAUUCAUUUUGGAUUCAUAAUUUGUCCGCAAAUUCUCGCGUUUAAGUGUUUGUUUCAUCAUGAUUCAUGACCUUGAAGCAAAAGCCAUUUACAAACCAUAUAGAAAUCAUGUAUUAGGUUCAAAAAUGGAUUUUCUUCUUUUAGUUUUCUAG